AUGAAACUGUUUUUGAGGAAUUUGUUUCCACCUGCAAAAGUAGAAUUAGACGAAGAGAUCCCUAAUGCUGAAAAUAUAUUCAAAGAAGUGGAACAGAAACGGAAAUUAAUAAAUUUGGGAAUUGAAGCUUUAAAAGAGCGCCAAAUUACUUUUAUUUUUGAUAUCGGAUUCAGUAUCAAUAUCAUCAAACUUAAACUCCAAAAUUCUCAAGAACCCGUAAACAGAACUAGACCAGACUUUACCAUGCAAAAUUAUCAAAUUAUGAAAUCUUCACUUUAG